AUGCUGAUUAACGCCUAUGCAACGCUGGAUGGUAUCCAGGAUCAGCAGAAUGGCGGCGCCAGCAACUGGCUUUGGGGCAGUAUCCGUGGUGGUGAUGCUUACAAAGGAACCGAGUUCACCGACAUGAUUGAUGCCAAUCCUAUUAUGCGUUUUGAAUUAUUGCCCAGCGUAGGUCAGCUGCCCAACAAAUGGAACGCCAUUUGGGAUGGUGUAGGCGGUGCCAACCAGGUACUAAAAGUUUUGCCACUGGUAAAAGACAUUUCUGCCGCUGAUGCCAAACAGGUAGAAGGAGAAGCUAAAUUCAUCCGUGCAUUUAUGUUGUUUGAGGGUAAAAAAGCCUUUGGCAAUAUUCCCUUCAUUGAUGAAAAAGUAACAGACUUCAAAGUGCCCAAUACAGAUGCUUCCGGCGCUACCUAUGUUAAUAUCUGGCCCCAGAUUGAAGCAGAUUUCAAAUUUGCUUAUGAUAAUCUUGACGAAGUAAGACCGCAUGUUGGAAGGGCCAACAAAUGGGCCGCUGCCGCUCACCUUGCAAAGGCCUAUAUGUUCCAGAACAAGUUUACUGAAGCAAAAACACUUUUUGAUGCUAUCAUAGCCAAUGGUAAAACAAGCAAAGGCGUGAAAUACGGCCUUACGCCCAAUUACCACAGCAAUUUCCGUGUAUUUACAGAAAACAAUGAAGAGACCGUAUUCUCUAUUCAGGCUUCUUACGGAGAUGGUGCCAACACAAACGGCAAUUAUGAUAAUACACUGAACUAUCCCCACGGCGGUAGUGCCACUACAGAAAAACCAGGCGCCUGCUGCGGAUUUUUCCAACCAUCACAGAACCUGGUAAACUCAUUCCGCACUUCUGCUGCAGGAUUACCUUUACCAGAUACCUACAACGAUGUAGACGUUACCAGUGAUGAACCAUUCACAUCUGCCAACCCUGCGUUUGUACCUUAUGCAGGCAACCUUGACCCAAGGCUUGACUGGACAGUAGGCAGAAGAGGCAUUCCUUACUACGACUGGGGUAUUCACCCGGGAAGAGCGUGGAUCCGCGACUAUACUUAUGGCGGUCCUUAUAGCCCCAAGAAGAAUACCUAUUACAAAGCAGAUAUCGGCAGCCUGGCAGGUACUGUUGGCUGGGGCUUUGCCAAUAACGCGCUUAACUACACACCUAUGCGUUUUGCAGACGUUUUGUUAAUGGCUGCUGAAGCAGAAAUUGAAGUAGGAAGCCUGGCAACUGCACAAACCUAUAUUAACCGUGUACGGGCAAGAGCAGCAGCUUCACCUGUGUUGAACGGCGCCUCCAAUGCUGCCACGUAUGUGGUAAGCCAGUAUACUGUUCCUUUUGCAGACAAAACAGAAGCAAGGAAAGCAGUACGCUUUGAGAGAAAGCUUGAACUGGGUAUGGAAGGACACCGCUUUUUUGACCUGGUGCGCUGGGGUAUUGCCGAUGUGGUAUUAAAUACCGAAUAUUUUCCAAAAGAAGGCGUAAGAAGGGCAAGUGCAUUGGCCGGCUCUGUAUUUACAAAAGGUAAACACGAAUACCUGCCAAUUCCUGAAUUUGCUAUUUCAAACAGCUUAAAAGAUGGCAAACCCACUUUAAAACAAAAUCCUGGUUAUUAA